AUCUCUGCUUCACGUCCAAUCAGCACUAGAGGUGAGAUGUACAGAUCUUUUGCUAGCCAAUCAACAUCCUACUCUCUCCCUCGUGCCAUUGGUCGUGCGAUAAGAUGUCCAUCCCACCCACCUACGGAUACCACCGAUAAACAAGAGGAACAACGCGCGUUUUUAUUUUAUGUAAACAUGGCUUCAAUGAUUACCAAAUCAUCUCACCUACGUUGUAUCCUAACAAGGACUGGCAAAUAUUUAGCUGUGACUUGGACGAAGACAUCAUUUGGAUCAGAAAGAAGUUAUGCCUCCAAAACUGAUGGAGAAAGCAGGAUCCCCAAAAUAUACACUAAAACUGGUGAUAAAGGUUUCUCUAGCACUUACACUGGAGAGAGAAGACCCAAGGAAGAUCGUGUGUUUGAAGCAUUGGGAACAACGGAUGAGUUGUCAUCAGCGAUAGGCUUGGCCAGAGAGUUUUGUAUUGAUAAAGGCCAUUCGUUCACAGAUCAGCUGGACAAGAUUCAGUGUGUCUUACAAGAUGUGGGAUCCAACAUUGCCACACCUCAGUCAUCUGCACGAGAAAGUCAUAUAAAAAAAACUAAGUUCAGUUCCCAACCAGUGGCAGACCUUGAAAGGUGGAUUGAUGAGUUCACAGAGAAGCUACCACCACUGACAAGCUUCAUAUUACCUUCUGGAGGAAAGAGCAGUGCGGCCCUCCACAUAGCACGGACAGUGUGUCGCCGAGCAGAACGCAGUGUUUCCCCUAUUGUGCGGUCAGGUGAGGCCGAUCCUGAUGUUGCCAAAUAUUUGAACAGAUUGAGCGACUACCUGUUCACAGUGGCCAGGUACACAGCCAUGAAAGAAGGCAACGAGGAGACGAUCUACAAAAGACCUGAGUGACACACGUCUACACAUGAAAGAACAAACCGGGGACCUUUGUGGAACAACCUUUGUUCUGCUUCUAGGUUGAAUUAAUCAAAUCGGAUUGCUUUAUGUGAAACAGACCCAUCGAACUAAGUUUAAAUACUGUAUCUCGUGAUGGAACUUUUCCUACAUUUCAAAUAAAGACUUGAAUCCAAA